CCGGAUGUAUUCGGAAUAGCUUAGCCAGGUAGCUUCUGCGCGUACACAUGGACCAAGCGAUAGGUUGUGUCAAGUUUUAGCCAAUAAUACAUACGUGCUCUUCGUAUUUAUGUUUAAAUGACCUUUGCGUUUAUUUUCAAAAAAAGUUGACGCGUUCUUCUACCGCGUUGCACAACUGCAGUGUUGUCAGAGUCUUCAUCGCUUGACAGAAGGAUGAUGACUUGAACUUGUCUUGGACGCAACCAAUCUCUACAGAAGAUACUUGUCAUUUCACCAUGUGCAGUCGGUCGGGGGAAGUUCCCUCUCUGCGUUUCGGCCAGGUGGUCAUCGGACCCCCGGGCUCAGGUAAGACCACCUACUGCCAGGCCAUGCAGGAGGUCCUGACUCACCUGGGACGCAAGGUUGUCGUGGUCAACAUGGACCCUGCCAACGAAGGUCUGCCGUAUAAAUGUGAGGUGGACGUCUCGGAGCUGGUGACUUUGGCUGAUGUGAUGGACGGGCUGAAGCUCGGACCUAAUGGUGGUCUCCUCUACUGCAUGGAGUAUGUGGAGGCCAACAUGGACUGGUUGGAGAACAAACUGAAACAGUUCAGUGGAUGCUACUUCCUGUUCGAUUGCCCUGGACAAGUGGAGCUGUACACCCAUCAGAGUUCAGUGAAAAAUAUAUUUUCCCAGUUGUCCAAGUGGAACUUCAGGCUUUGUUCAGUUCACCUGGUGGACUCUCACUACUGCACGGACCCGGCCAAGUUCAUCUCUGUGCUGUGCACCUCGUUGUCCACCAUGCUGCAUGUGGAGCUUCCUCAUGUCAACGUCCUGUCCAAGAUGGACCUGAUGGAGCAGUAUGGCAAACUGGCCUUCAACCUGGACUUCUACACGGAGGUCAUGGACUUGACCUACCUUCUCGAACACCUGGCUGCUGAUCCUUUCUUUAAAAAAUUCCACCACCUAAAUGCAAAGCUGGCUGAAGUCAUCCAGGAUUACAGUCUUGUCUCCUUCGUGUCUCUGAAUGUGCAGGACAAGGACAGCAUGAUUCAAGUGUUGCGAGCUGUGGACAAAGCCAAUGGAUACUGCUUUGGAGAUCUGGAGGAAAGGAAUCUUCAGGCCAUGAUGUCAGCGGCUGUGGGAGCAGACUUCCAGUUCAACACCACUCUGGGAGUUCAGGAGCGUUACGUCGACACCAGUGGAAAGACCGUGGAGGAGGAAAUGAUGGACCUGUGAACUGAAAAGCCCAAAUAACGCUGGAAAAUAAUGAUCAUCGUUUUGAGCCGAGACUUGGCAAAAUCCAUCUCACUUGGCCUGAACAGUGGGUGAAGUCUGAGGAAAUAUAUUUGGGUUAAAAAUCACCAGGAAUCCAGCGGAACAAAGGCCUCUGCUGAGGCAAAGUGAUGUCACUACUUUUUAUUAAAA